AAUUCCGGAACGACACCGUGACGCUCAGAAACGCGGCGCAAACCCCAGAGUGGAUUUGCAGGUUUAUGUUGCAGUUUACGGCUGACCGGACUCGUAUAUGACGAAAUUCGCGCAGCGCAGCAAAAAGACGUGCGAAAUACGCGGGAACUCGACCGUCUCCUCACAGUUCUUUGUGCGAUGGAUGCAUGAGCAUUAAAAUCACUGGUAGCAUAAAUCUCUCGCAAUGCAUACGAAACUCUAAUUUCCGUGGCGCGUAAUUCGAAAAACAAAUAAACAACAAGAACAACAAUAACAAAAGCAUCAGCAGCAACAAAGUUGUGCCAGAAAACCAUUAACAUUUUCAGUCAGCUUCAAUCAGAGCAACGCAUUUGUGGAUGUGAGAAAGAAAUUAAAUAACCGAAACAAACAGAGCGAACGCGAACUGAAACGACAGCAAUAACAAACAAAUCAAGCGAAAUUCGGCAUUUAAAAUCCAAACAUAAAAAAUGUAAUGGAAAGCAUUAGUGCUCAUAAAAAAUGGAUUUACACAGCCUUUUUAAGGCCAUCCUGAUCCUAUAUGUCAUAAGAGCCGAGACCAGCCAGUUUGUAAAUGGACUGGAUCUACAGGGACCGAUUUUUCUCCAUGAGCCACCGCAUCGCGUCGAGUUCUCCAACAAUUCGGGCGGACUCAUAGAAUGCUCCGGGCAUGGAAGUCCCCCGCCGGAGGUGGAGUGGACCCCCAUCCCGCCGCAGCAGGACAUGGUGUUCCAGCUCUCCAACGGUAGCAUGAUGUUCUAUCCCUUUACGGCCGAGAAGUACCGCCACGAGGUGCAUGCCACAGUCUACAGAUGCAAACUGCGCAAUUUGGUGGGCACCGUGCUCAGCCGAGAGGUUCACGUGCGCGGCGUCGUCAACCAGAAGUACGCGGUCCAGGUGCACGAUGAAUACGUGAUGACGGGCAAUACGGCGGUGCUGAAAUGCCAGGUUCCCAGCUACAUGUCGGAAUUCGUAUUGGUCACCGCUUGGGUGCAGGACACCGGCAUGCAUUUGUAUCCGAACACGGACAUCGGUGGCAAGUACACUGUGCUAUCGAACGGCGAAUUGUACAUAAAUAAUGCGGGACCCAAUGAUGCGUACAAAAGCUACACAUGCCGCACUGUAAAUAGACUGACAGGUGAAGUACAAAUUUCCACAUAUCCCGGCCGCAUUAUUGUAACAGAGCCCAAGGGCAUGGUACAGCCGCGCAUCAACGUGGAGAAGCAUUCGAUGCGGCAUGUUGUCCUUAAUGGCCAAACAACGUUGCCGUGCAUAGCUCAAGGACAUCCGGUGCCAACAUAUCGGUGGUUCAAGGAGGAAAACGAGCAACUGCUGCCGCUGCAACUCAGCGAACGCAUCACCAUCGUAUCCGCAGGACUCCUCAAAAUCACCAAGGCACGUCUCGAGGAUAGUGGAAAAUAUUUGUGCUGGGUGAACAAUACGGCUGGCGAGGAGACCAUCCAAGUGUCGCUAACGGUGACAGCUCCUUUGACGGCGCACCUACAGCCACAGGUGCAGACGGUGGAUGUCGAUAAGGAUGCGCAAUUCCAAUGCAUUGUCUCUGGCCAUCCGGUCCACGAUGUCAACUGGCUGCACGACGGCAAACCCAUACUCAGGGACAAUCGGGUUGAGAUACUCACCGAUCCACCGCGACUGAUAAUUAAAAAAGUGCAAAAGGAGGACCCUGGCAUGUACCAGUGCUUCGUCUCCAACGAAUGGGAGCAGAUCCAAUCCACCGCUGAACUGCAGUUGGGCGAUGCCUCGCCGGAACUGCUUUAUUGGUUCUCGGAGCAAACGCUGCAGCCAGGACCAACGGUAUCAUUGAAGUGCGUAGCCACCGGAAAUCCACUGCCUCAAUUUACAUGGUCCCUGGACGGAUUUCCGAUACCAGACAGCUCGCGCUUUUUAGUGGGUCAAUAUGUUACCAUCCACGACGAUGUCAUCAGCCACGUGAAUAUAUCAAAUGUCAAGGAGGAGGACGGCGGGGAGUACACCUGCACGGCCCAGAAUGCAAUUGGCAAAGUCUCGCACAGCGCCAAAGUGAACAUCUAUGGAUUGCCUUACAUACGCGAAAUGCCAAAAAUAACAGGCAUUUCUGGCUCUGAUUUGAUUGUUAAAUGUCCCGUGGCUGGUUACCCCAUCGAUAAAAUUCACUGGGAGCGAGAUGGCCAAACGCUGCCCAUAAAUCGCAGGCAGCGUGCCUACAACAAUGGCACCUUAAUUAUCGAGCAACUGCAGCGCCUCGAGGAUGCGGGCACCUACACGUGCAUGGCGCAGAACAAACAAAAGCAAACAUCCCGCCGGAAUGUGGAGAUCCAAGUGCUGGUGCCGCCGAAAAUUAUGCCCAUCCAAGCCAUGACGAACAUGCUCCGCGAGGGAAUGCGCGCCGCCAUAUCCUGCCAAAUCCUCGAGGGCGACCUGCCCGUCAGUUUUCGAUGGGAGCGCAACGGAAAGCCACUGAUCGGAACGGGCAAUGAGGUUUUCCGCCGCCUGGAUGAGUAUUCCGCCAGUUUGGUCAUCGAGCACAUUUCCUCCGACCAUUCCGGAAACUACACCUGCAUCGCGAGCAAUGUGGCAGGUACGGAAAGAUUCACCGUACCCCUGACCGUGAAUGUACCGCCCAAGUGGAUCCUGGAGCCAAAGGACUCGAGUGCCCAGGCGGGUGCAGAUGUCCUUCUGCACUGUCAAUCCUCAGGAUAUCCCACACCGACAAUCACGUGGAAAAAGGCGAUUGGACCAACGCCAGGGGAGUACAAGGAUUUCCUUUACGAGCCCACAGUGCAGCUAUUUCCCAACGGAACCAUUUUCUUCAAGAAGAUCAGCAAGGAGUCGCAAGGACACUUCCUGUGCGAGGCCAAAAAUAACAUUGGUUCCGGUGUCAGCAAAGUCAUCUUCCUCAAAGUGAAUGUGCCCGCCCACUUUCAGACGAAGACCAAACAGAUUUCGGUGGCCAAAGGAAAGCAGGUCCAUGUGCAGUGCAACGUGCAGGGCGACAAUCCCAUCGACUUUAAAUGGAAAAUCCAGGCAACGCAACAGUAUCUCGACGAGUCGCUGGAUUCCCGCUACACAAUAAGAGAUCAAGUGCUCGACGACGGCAUGGUCUCCGAAUUGGGCAUUUCGCACACAUAUCGCCAGGAUACGGGCAUUUAUAUCUGUCAGGCGAGCAAUGCAUUCGGACAGGACGAGAUGUCCAUUCAGCUCAUCGUGCAGGAAGUGCCCGAGCAGCCGAAGAACCUUCGCAUCAACUCGCAACAGUCGCGCAGCCUUCAGCUCACGUGGAGCCAACCCUUUGCCGGAAAUAGUCCCAUCGAGGAGUACCACAUCUACUACAAACAAAUAUCAGACAUUUGGCAAAAUGCGGAGCACCUCACCAUCGCCGGAGCCCAGACCGUGAUCAACAUCCAGCAGCUGCGACCGGCAAAAGCCUAUCACAUCCGCAUGUCGGCGGAGAACAAGCUGGGCGCCUCCGAGUUCUCGGAGGUGGUGCAAGUGACCACGCUGGAGGAGGUACCCUCGGGUCCACCACUUGCCGUUCGGGCUGAGCCCAAGAGCUCCACCGAGAUCUUCGUCACGUGGGAUGCACCGGAACGGGAUCACUGGAACGGCAUCCUGCUCGGCUACUACGUGGGCUACCAGAUGUCGCUGACGCCCGAGGACAAGGAGGUGAAUCCCACGCAGGGAUUCAGCUUCAAAACCGUCGAGGUGCGCUCUCAUUUCGGUGGCGAGACGGUGCUGGCCAAUCUCAACAAGUUCACCCAAUACCACGUGAUUGUGCAGGCCUACACGAGCCAGGGUAGCGGACCACCGAGCAAGGAGAUUGCCGUGCAAACAAUGGAGGACGUUCCCUCAUCGCCGCCUGAAUCGCCGCAGUGCGAUGUCCUGGGCUCCACUUCGAUCUAUAUCACCUGGUCACCGCCGGACAUUGAUGGCCAAAAUGGAAAAAUCAAGGGCUAUAAAGUGUUUUACAUAUCGGUGGACGAGCUGUACGAAACCGAUCCGGAGGUUGUCAAGUCAACAAAUCAAUACGUCACCAUCGAGAAUCUGCGCAAAUACACCAACUACACGGUCUGGGUUUUGGCUUACACCAAAGUAGGCGAUGGCAUGAAAACCAAACCGUUUUAUUGCCGCACCCACGAGGAUGUGCCCUCGGCCCCGCAGGCCAUCAAGGCGAUACCCGCGUCGAGCUCGAAAAUCAUAAUAUCCUGGCUGCCGCCCGACCUGCCCAAUGGUGACAUUACCGGCUACACCUUCUACAUGUCCAUGCUGGAGGGUGGACGCGAGGAGGGCACCCACAAGCGCCUCCUAGGUCCCUUCGUGGAAAUGCACGAAACGGUGCGCACCCAGGAGUCGGCCACGUACCAGUUCUGGCUGACUGCCUCCACCAAGAUGGGCGAGGGCGAGAAGACGCAGGUGGUAACUGUGCCGCCGAACAAUAAGGUGCCCGCCCGCAUAGUGUCCUUCAGCCAGCGAAUAGUCACGCCCUGGAAGGAGCAUCUGGAGCUGCCAUGCCGGAAGGUGGGAGCACCUGCUCCGGUUACCAUUUGGCGCCAGGAUGGUCACAAUAUGGAGACGAGUGCCCGCAAGACGAUAGCCAAGAAUGGCACGCUCUACAUGAAGGAGUGCCAGGCGAGUGAUGCGGGCAACUACACUUGCAGUGUGGAGAACACCUGGGGCAAGGACGAGAUCGUGUACAACAUUGUGGUAAAGGUGCCACCAGAGGCGCCCAAUCUCACGGUGAUAAAUGCCUACACGGACAGUCUGCUCCUCGAAUGGAUGGACAAUAGUCAUGGUGGUAGUCCCAUUCUGGGUUAUGUGAUCAAUUACAAGCGCGACAACGGCGAUUGGGAAGAGCUGCAGGUGGACUCGAAGACCACGUCGCACCUGCUGACCAACCUGUGGUGUGGCACUCGCUAUCAGUUGUACAUAACCGCUUACAAUAAGAUUGGAACGGGCUUACCCUGCGACAUAGUCAACUCCUAUACGAAGGGAAAUCCGCCCGUGCAACCGAAGCACUCCCAGAUGAUUACCAACAACUCAACGAGCGUCACCUGCUGGCUGGAUUCCUGGGGAGAUGGUGGCUGUGGCAUCCUGUACUUCAUGAUCGAGUCCAGGGUUUAUGGCCGAUCCUCGUGGGCAGUGGUGUCCAAUCACAUUCCGCCGACUGAGAGGAUAUACACGGUGAGCGAUCUGGUGCCCGGCACAAAGUACCAACUGAAAGUCACGGCACACAAUAAUGCCGGCUCCACCACUGCCAUCUACAACUUUACCACACUGUCUACACAAGGAGUGAUUUACAACAACGAUCACUCCACACCUGUAUCCCACCUGAGCGACCUGCCCUUCUAUGCCAAUUUCAAACUACUGCUGCCCAUAUGCUUUUCCCUACUGAUGUUGCUGGCUUUGAUUGGUGCCGCUCUAUUCCUCAGGAAGCGAAAGCUAGCCAGCCAGGCCCGUCUGGCCAGUUCCUCGAUGUCGGAGUCGCCAUCCCUGGCCAAUCUGCAGAACAAACAGAAUCGGGACCAGCAGUACCUAGCCGUGCGAUGCAAUCCGGGCACAUCUGCUCCGCGGGGAUCCAACUCCAAUGAUUCCGGCAGCUUUGGCAAGGCGGAGGGAAACGAGUACAUCGAGGACAUCUGCCCGUAUGCAACCUUUCAACUGAACAAACAGACUUAUAGCGAGAGCUCCUACAGCGGCAAUGUCUACAGUGGGCCCUACCACUCGGUGCGCGGAUCCUUUGUCUACCACGAUGUCAAGCCGGAAAGCUACCACUCCAAGGAACCGGAGUACACCAAAGUGCGGCGAAAAGUGGGUCGCCUCAGGGAUCCUCAUUCAGAGAGCCAAGAAUCGGACAAUCCAGGUUCAACAGAUUCCGAAGUUAGGAAAAUCCUAACGCUUCACAUCCCAAUUACAGAAUAUGACACACUCGGCUCCGAGUCCGACAAUGAUGUGUCUGCGCGAGCUCUAAACUCGGCCAAGUAUCGAGCACAACGUGAUACUCAGGACGAGACUUCGUCCUCCUCGGAAACCACACCCACUAGCAUGACCCGGAAGUCAAAGCCGCCCUUUGCCGCCCGGAAGGGCGGAAAGCCCGGAACGAGCGGAAAGCGGCACGUCCGAAGUUCCAGUGGCUAUUCGAGCCACAAUGAAGAAACUACUUUUAGCAUAUCCAACUAUCCACCAAACUAUCAGGACCACAUAAAUCCACCAGCUCGUUUUUCGGAUGCCAACGACAAGACGAAGACCCAGACGUCGCCACGGAUGCGUGCCAAUCAGAAACUACACCGGGAGGCUUUCCAGAUAAAUGUCUAGGCCACCAGGACGAAGGGAGUUAAUUUUUAAACGUAAUCUUAAACUGCAAGAAUGUAUAAACGAAAAUUGCGCGUGACGAAACUGUACAAUUUGUUUGUAAAUCCACCCAAAAACAAGGAGACAAAUUCAAAAUUGUAUUGAUAUUUCGACAGACUUGAAAGAAAUCCACUUCCAGCUAAAUGAAAAUGAAUUGAAAACCAUACCUAAAGUCAGUGAAUAAAAUGCAUUUCAACUAUUUACAAAAGAGCGAAAAAGAAACGAUAGUGAGGCAGUUGGAGAUAAGUGAAUGAAUCGAAUAUUAAACAGAUUUAGAGGUAAAUUUGAUUUUCAACGAACAUCGGUUUUUGCAAUCGAACGGAUACAGCGCGAGAAAUAAACCAUAAGACUUAUUUACACACUGAUUAUGCUUAGUUAAACUUGAAGAGCUGCGUAAGUGUAAUGGAGAUAAACUUGAAAAAGUUGAGGCGAAUGCAGACAUGGAGGAAUAUAAAUAAAUUAAUGUUAUAGAUCCUAAAUUAAGCAUUUAAUGUAUGAUAAACUGAACUGCGGCAGGCCGCAGAUGUGAAAUGUCGGGCAAAAGCAGAUAACAUAUAGUACUAUAAACGCAUAAUAAUACUAUAAACGAAGGGCCUUCGUGCCAGGCGAUUAUUGAAGAGAAUGCCGAAAAUCUUAGCAUUUGUAGUGAAUUAUGGACAUUUCGUUGAACUGCAUUGUUUGUUUCCAGUUUUCAAGUUUUGCAUCAGUUUGUAAGUGUUUGCGACCAGAAUACUUCACAACUGUUAGCUAGUUAUUUAAAUAAAUAAAAAUGAAAAUAAAUUAAUUUACGGGGAUACAAUAACACGAAUGCAUUCGGAUAGUUUAUGAAACUGUUGUACAUAGCUAAGCGUCAUACAAUUACUUCUAAAAAUCGUAUUAUACAACAAAACCGAGCAUAUGAACGUAUUAAAUGUUAGAGGAUGAUAUUACCGAAAGCCAAACCAGCAUGCAUUUCCACAAGCCGAAACUAAGCGACCGCUCAAAACUAGACCCAAUACCAACAAUACCCACAGAUAUAGCCGAAUAUUUGCCAAAUAGCAUACACAUCCGAUACACAGACACUGCUCCUGUACCAUAUAGACACGCGAUAUACAUAUACAUACAUAUAUAUCAACUCUAUUUUCCAAUAGCUACUAUAACGACAAACAACAACCAAGCAACCAAUUACAUGACAAUAUGACACAACAAGUACACACAUAUGAAAAGCAUUAACGCGAAAAACCAAAGAUUGUAAACGUAAUUCCAGUCGUGGAUGAUAAACUUAUAAAGUUGAAGUUGAACGAAUUAAUUAGAAUCGAGAACACAUUUGGCAACUUUUCAGACUGCACAAGAAAAACAAAAAAAAAAAAAAUUGUAAGCAUUUAAUACACUUCAACUGCAGUACUCGGUUGUAAAUUUGAAAAAAGGUGUUUUGGCACAUUGCGAUUAAGAAAAAGAAAACAAGCAAGUUGUAAA